CCAGUCCAUCAGUUUCAAAUGCUUUUGACUGCGAAACACAGGUGAGGCUCUGCGGUUGACCGACAUGGCAGAACACCUGGAGCUCCUGGCUGAGAUGCCUGCAGUUGCCCGAAUGGGUACCCAGGAGCGGCUCAGGCAUGCCCAGAAGCGCCGCACACAGCAGCUGAAGAAGUGGGCGCAGUUUGAGAAAGAAGUGCAGGGUAAGAAGGCCAAAGGGGCGAAGAAGAGAAGGAGGGCCGCCAAGGAGAAGCGGGUGCUCUUCCCUGGAAACGUCCUGCUUCUGGAGGCUGCGUGCCGCAAUGAUGUGGAAGAAGUUCACCAGCUCCUUCAGAGUGGCAUCAGCCCCAACUUGUACAAUGAGGAUGGACUGACUGCACUGCACCAGUGCUGCAUUGACGACUAUGGGGAGAUAGUAGAGCUGCUGCUGGAAGCUGGUGCUGAUGUCAGUGCCUGCGACAGCGAACUCUGGACCCCCUUGCACGCUGCUGCCACUUGUGGGCACCUGCACUUGGUGGAGCUGCUCAUUCGAAGAGGUGCCAACCUGCUUGCCGUCAACUCGGAUGGAAACAUGCCGUACGACCUCUGUGAGGACGACGCCACGCUGGACUGCCUUGAGACGGCCAUGGCUGACCGAGAGAUCACUCAGGAGACCAUCGAGGAGGCCCGCUCAGCUACUGAGCGCACCAUGGUGGGCGACAUCCGUCGGCUGGUGAAAGAAGGGGUGGACCUGAAUACACCGCUGGACCACGGUGCCACCCUGCUGCACAUCGCUUCAGCCAGUGGUUAUCUGGAGGCUGCUGAGCUGUUGCUGGAACAUCAAGCCAGCACGAGCGUCAAGGAUGAAGACGGGUGGCAGCCGCUCCAUGCUGCCGCUUGCUGGGGCCAGAUUCCCCUGGUGGAGCUGCUGGUGGCCCACGGAGCAGAUCUCAACGGGAGGUCGGUGCUGGAGGAGACCCCGCUGGACGUGUGUGCAGAUGAAGAUGUGCGCGCCAAGCUCCUGGAGCUGAAGCACAAGCAGGACACCAUCAUGAAAUCGCAGGACAAGCACAAAUCGCUGCUCCAGCGCCGGACGUCCAGUGCUGGCAGCCGAGGGAAAGUGGUGAGGCGGGUCAGCGUGACACAGCGCACCAACCUCUAUCGCAAGGAGCACGAGAAGGAGGCCAUUGUGUGGCAGCAGCGGCGGAGUGAGGGAGAGCUGGAGGACGAGGACAGGCAGGCCGAUGCACAGCUCCAAGCCCAGGGCCCUGAAGCAGAAAUGGGAGGGCCAGAGGAGCGCAAUGGCGCGGCCCCCUCCCAGCACUUCUCCAAGCGGCUGGACCGCAGCUCUUCCUACCAGGUGGCCGCCCAGGAGGAUCCUGCGGCCGGCCUCAGCAAGGAGAAGGCUCGCCACACGUUAGCGGACCUCAAGCGCCAGCGGGCAGCGGCCAAGCUGCAGCGCCCCCAUUCUGAAGACCUCCUGCUUGACCCCAGCGAGGCCCCGCACCCCACGGCAGAGCACAAUGCUGUGUAUUUUACAGCAGCCAGCGGAGACCCCCCCCUCCUCAAGUUGACUGCUCCAGCUGAAGAGACGCCGGCACAAAAAAGGCGCUGCUGCAAGCUGAUGUGAGCGGGAGAGGUCGACCUCCUCAGGGCCCCUCUUGGGCUGGGCCACUGUCUCCAGGCCGGGGGUGUG